GACAAGAUUUAAACAUUACAAACAAACAUCUAUUGUAUUUGCGUCGCCACAUCAACAACAUCGCAUAGGUUGUGUAUUCUACUUGUUUUCUUAUCAAAAUGCCACCUUUAGAAGACACGGGAAACACCGAAAAGAAAACAAUCAUAUUUAACGCGUCGCGCAAUGAGCUCUUCAAGCUGAACGAGAACUACAAGACGUUCCAUCGCAAAGUGAAAAUCUUCUGGAAGCUGACGGUGAACAAGGAAGAAAUAUCGUCGCAGUUAUUAAAGAAUUGCUCACUGCUAAUAUUGCCGGGGCCGCAAGGGCAAUUCGAGGAGAGCGAAAUUAAUGCGAUGCGCGGUUAUUUGCGCGAGGGCGGGCGGAUGUUGGUACUUCUUGCUGAGAGCAGUCAGGACGACACCGGUAACAUCAACAUCCUUCUGGAAGAAUACGGCAUCUACGUGAAUAUGGAUUCACUAAUUCGCACGCACUACUACAAGUAUUUCCAUCCGAAGGAGUGCUACAUCGCCGACGCGACGGUGAACACGGCGCUCUACGCGAACAAGUCGGAAAAUCUGAAUCUGAUUUAUCCGCACGGCGCCACGAUGAAUGUGAAUAACCCAGUUGAUAGGCCGUUGGGGGCCGUAUAUUUCAAUCAGAAUGGCGGCGGCAGACUGGUCGCGGUCGGCUCCGGCCACAUGUUCAUCGACAAGUACAUCGACCAAGAGAAGAACGAUAAAUUCAGGGAGUUACUCUUCGAGUUCCUAAUGAGGACCGACGCAGACGUCCGGAUGUCCACGAUGGAUCAUGAUGAUUUAGACGCUUUGGAUCAUCACAUUGUACCGGAUACAGGGGAACUUGCCAAUCGGCCAAAACUUUGUCUAACUGAUGCGAUAACUCAUUCGGUAUCUUUGGAUUACAACAAGUUGUUUGAUCAUAAAACGUAUUCAAUGAAUACAAAUUUGGUUCCGGAUGCUUUGAAACUCUUCGAACGAUUAGGUGUGAAACAUCAACCGCUGAAAGUGAUAAGUCCUAACUUUGAAGCACCACUGCCGCCAUUACAAGCCGCCGUGUUCCCACCAUCGUUCCGGGAAUUACCACCGCCGCCGCUCGAGCUCUUCGAUUUGGACGAGGCGUUCAGCUCGGUGUUCUCGAAACUCGCGCAAUUUACCAAUAAAUAUUUGAUGUCAUCCGCCCAGCAGCAUCCGGGCAGUAUUGGCGGUGCACCGCCAACGGAGAAAGAACUCGACUUCUACAUAAAAGAAUGCUCGAACAUUGUGCGUCUCGAUGGGGAUUACUCUGACCCCAAGCAGAUUUUAUACACACUGGGUGUACACUGCGCACAAUUCAAGAGCAUCGACACCAUCAAAUAGAUUUACCUACAUAUUUGCAAAAAAGGGGCACAAAGUUUAAUAUUUCUAAGUCAACCGGAACGAGCGCGGCAGUUGGUUGCACUUUGCACUUGUUACGUUAAAGUCGGCAAGAACAAGUUCUUACGAAUUAUUUGUAUUUGAAUGGCGUAAUAAUAGAAAAGAGGUGACGGCAUAAAGAGGGUAAUUUUUUUUAGGUAUAGGGUGCAAGGGUGGGGUCUACAAGUGCGAAUGUAGUAUAGAUGGAGGGUUGAGAUAAAACACGUAACACACCCUUAUUACAGAAGGUGGUUAAUAUUGCACAUGAUAUUUACAAAAAUAACACAACUAUACUUCUAACGAAGAUAAUUAUCCUAAUUAGUAGUAACAAUUGUGUUCGUUGUAUGGUUGUUUUAGUUAGCGCUGUAAUUAGCAGUCGACUGAUUAAGGAAAGAGCGAAACGCAGUUGAAAUUAUCUCCGACGCGUUAGAAACGUUCAUCAUGUCGUCUUUCCUGAUGUGGCGAUGUUGAAAACCUAGGAGCAGAUCAAGAGCCGUCGGCCGGCGGGCGCGCCGCCAUACAACAAGAAUAAAACCUGUUGAAUGAAACCGUUAAAGCGUUUCGACUGUUUCGAGAUCCAUUUAAAGCGCGGAUUCUGCACUCGCCCCGCAUGCAGUAGUGUGGACCAGUAUCGCCGCACCAGUACUGACCUCUUGAACCGCGAGCGCUCAACCCUUUUUCAUCUGCACCCCUAUACAUCUGACCACUGGCCAGCAUACGGCGCAUUCCCACACAUACGCAUUCAACUCACGAUGGCGGUUAGGGAGUUGCACCCGCUAGCUGGAUUCUGGCGACUGGACCCUGGUCAAGGAACGACCGCUGGACUUUUAAAUUUUAAACGUCUCGCGCCGGAAGCCGGUUUCGUUAAUUUUUAAUACAGGUUCAAGAUGCAAAUGCAACGCGGUUGAUAUGAAAUGCUGUAACCGUUAAUUUUUUUUUUGUGUAUGUGUGUGAUAAAUUUGUAGCCAGCAAGUAAGUUUGUUGU